AUGUGUGUUCGGAGUGAAGUGUUUACAUCCAUUGCUCAUGUCAUCCAAUUACUUGAUACUGAAAGCGAAUUGGCAAAACAACUGAAAAUCUAUUUGAAAAACGAACAUGCACGAUUGGUUCAUAUAGAAAAAUUUCUCAGCGUUAUCAACAAUGAACUUUCUCAAGCUCGAGGCAAGGAAGAACAAUACUUCAGCAAUCCGAUCAAUGUCUACCUUUUCUUCAAACACCUCACUACUGAAUGGUAUCAUAUCAAAGAAAUGACGUCUCCAGAUAUAAGAACAAUCAUUCAUAGAAAUUGGUUAUUUCCAUCACUGGAAGAUUUAACAGGAACCGGCACCUCUCUGUUACGCUUACAAGAUACCUAUCAAUUUACAACAAGUCAAAUGGCCAAUGGGGAAAUUGAUUUGAAGUUCAGAUCCCAAAAAUUGACUAGUGAUGAGUGCUAUCACAUUGGCCAUCUGGCCUAUACAAAUAAUGACUUCCAUUAUGCACUAAUGUGGAUGCAAGAAGCACUUGACCGUUUUGAUGAAAAAAAUAAAAGAGCAUUGAUAAGGCGAAUCGAUAUUUUGGAUCAUCUUAGCAAUGCAACAUUUCAGGAAGGCAACAUUGAAAACGCACUUGCACUAACUGAAGAAAUGCUUGCUAUUGAUCCGAAUCAUGUUCAAGCAAAAGCAAAUAAAGUUUACUAUGCAUCUCUCAUAAAAAGUCAAACUUUGAGCAAAGAUCAGAGAGAAGAUUAUUUAGCUUCAUCGGAGAAAGUCGGUUCAAAUGAGCUCAAUGAGAUCUGCAAAGCACUCUGCCGACAAAAUCGUGCUAAGCUCAGUCAUAAACAUCAAGCAAAAUUAUUUUGUCGGUACCGUCAUAACAACCAUCCAUAUUUAAUCUUAAGGCCAGUCAAAGAAGAACAAUUAUUCGAUGAGCCAACUAUCCUUCUAUUCCAUGAUGUUGUGAGCGAUACCGAUAUUGAAAAAAUCAAAGUAUUGGCCACACCUCAGUUGCGGCGUUCUUUGAUAGCCAAUGCCACCACCAAUACUGGGACGCCGGUCGACUACAGAGUCAGUAAGAGUACUUGGCUAAGCGAUAGAGUUUCACCAGCCGUAGCUCGACUCUCUCGUUUGAUUGGUGCUGUUACGAAUUUGACGAUGGAAACUGCUGAAGAUCUCCAGGUUUUAAACUAUGGCGUCGGUGGUUACUAUCAACCUCAUGCCGAUUUUUUUCAAGUGUUGGAAAACGGUGGUUUCACGUUUAAGAAUGGUAAUCGGAUAGCUACAUGGUUGACUUACAUGAGUGAUGUAGAAUUUGGCGGUGCUACAGUCUUUCUCGCUGUCGACGGUCAUAUCGUGCCGAAGAAACGAAGCGCAGUAUUCUGGUACAAUAUGUUUGCAUCUGGAGAAGUCGAUUACAGAACUGCGCAUGCAGCUUGUCCAGUACUAAUCGGUAAUAAAUGGAUAGCAACUAAGUGGAUUCAUGAGCGUGGUCAAGAAUUUCGACGCCCAUGUUCGCUCGACUCGAUGCUGUAA